AUGUGUGCGACCGCUGGGCUGUGCGUCUUCAUCGCCGCGAUGGGCGUGGUGGCGCAGCAGGCCUACGACAUCCGCAUGUACGCCAUCCGCGACUACGGCUAUGUCAUCCACGAGUUUGACCCGUGGUUCAACUAUCGCGCGACCGAGUACCUCGCCGCCAACGGCUGGCACGCCUUCUUCCACUGGUUCGACUACAUGUCGUGGUACCCCCUCGGGCGCCCCGUCGGCACGACGAUCUACCCAGGCAUGCAGAUCACCGCCGUCGCCAUCUGGCGCGCGCUCGGCAAGCUCGGCUCCGCCAUCUCGCUGAACGACGUCUGCUGCCUGGUGCCUGCGUGGUUCGGCGUCUCCGCCUCGAUUCUGGUCGGGCUCUUCGCGGCGGAGUGCUCUGGCCGCAAGAGCGCCGGCGCUUUCGCCGCCCUCAUCAUGGCCAUCGUGCCAGCGCACAUCAUGCGCUCCGUCGCGGGCGGGCUAGACCCUCGCUCCGUCGCCACCACCGCCCUCGUCGCAACCUUCUACUGCUGGGUGCGCGCGCUGCGGGACCGGCCGACCGCACGCGACGGCGAGGCGACUGCGGACAGCUACGCGUUCGGCCUCUUGUGCGGCCUCGCCUACGUCUACAUGGUGGCGGCGUGGGGAGGGAGGGUGCGCGUGCCUCUUGUGGCCGGCUGGCUAACAGCCCGUCUCAUAUUACUGCUAGGCGGCCGCUACUCCUCCAAGCUCCACCGCGCCUACUCGCUUUUCUACGUCAUCGGCACUGCGGGCGCCACUCGGGUGUGGAAGCGGCGGGUGCAGCUGGCGAUGCCCGCCGCUGCUCUGCUCGUUGUGGCCACCGCCGCCAUCCUCCCGACCGGCUACUUCGGCCCGCUCUCGUCGCGUGUGCGCGGCCUCUUCCUCAAGCACACGCGCACGGGCAACCCGCUGGUCGACUCGGUGGCGGAGCACCAGCCGGGCUCGACGAUGAUGUACCGGCAGUACCUGCAAAACGUCUACCCGCCCCUCCCCUCAAAUCCGCUGGCGGUCUACCCGCUGGUCCCCUGCGGCUUCGCCCUCUCUCUCCUCCGACUCACCGACGCGAACACGUUCCUGCUCCUCUACGGCGCCAUCGCCUACUUCUUCGCCUCGAAGAUGGCGCGGCGCGCGGAGAGCCGCCGCGCAGAGACCAACCCGUUCGGCGGGGCCUACUGCCACCGUAUGGCGGAGGGGUCGUCGCGGCCGCAGAUCAUGUUCAAAGCGACGUACUCGAACGGGCAGACGGUGAUGGUGGACGACUACCGCGAGGCCUGGCUGGCGUACUGGUGGCUGCGCGACAAGACGCCGGAGGACGCGCGCGUGAUGGCCUGGUGGGACUACGGCUACCAGAUCACCGGCAUCGCCAAUCGCACCUCGGUCGCCGACGGGAACACUGGAACCACGAGUGAUCUGGCGCACUCGUACGCGCGCCACCUCGCCGACUACGUGCUCGUCUGGGCGGGCGGCGGAGGCGACGACCUAGCAAAGUCGCCGCACCUGGCGCGGAUCGGCAACGCGGCCUUCCACGGCCGGUCGGAGUCUGUUUCUUUUGCGCCACGCAGCAAUUCGGUCUUCCACGGCCACUGCGGCAACGACCCCACCUGCAGCAACUUCGGCUUCUACCGCGACCGCUCGCCGACACCGAUGAUGGAGAAGUCGCUGCUGUACAAGCUCGUGCUCAACGGGCAGCGAGGCGUCGCCGUCAACUCGUCGUACUUUGAGCACGCCUACUCCUCCAAGCACGGCAAGGCGAGGAAUUCAUUAGUCCGCAUCUACAAAGUGAAGCGCGUCUCGCUCAAGUCGAAGCUGUGGGCAGCCGACCCGGCGAACCGCGUGUGCGAUGCGCCCGGCUCGUGGUACUGCGAGUUCAUCAACUCGCGCCGCAACUUCAAGCAGCUCUCGUCGCCGUCGACGCGCUAA